AUGAGUUCUAAACAUGCACAUGAAUCGAGCGUCAGCUCCCCGCUUUCCUACAAGACUGAUAGCAAUGCCUUCACCAAGGAAUAUGCAGAGUCUCUCGAUGCACAAGAUCCUUUGCGCGAAUUCAGAAAGGAAUUUAUUAUCCCUUCUAAAGUUGACUUGAAAAGGAAGACUUUGGCAAUUGACAAUAGCUCCACUGAUGAGUCUGAUCCCCGGUGUAUAUAUCUCUGUGGAAACUCAUUGGGAGUUCAACCUCGUAAUGCCCGCAAGUACAUUGACUACUAUCUACGGACAUGGGCUAUCAAAGGCGUAACUGGACAUUUUCUUCCGCACGAGGACCAAUUGCUCCCACCAUUUGUUGACGUCGAUGACGCUGGCGCGAAGCUCAUGGCGCCAAUUGUGGGAGCCCUGGAAAGUGAAGUGGCAGUGAUGGGCACACUGACGGCGAACUUACACUUCUUGAUGGCGAGCUUCUACCGCCCGACCCAGGAGAGGUAUAAAAUUAUCCUGGAAGGGAAGGCGUUCCCAAGUGACCAUUACGCCAUCGAGUCACAGAUUAGACACCAUGAUCUUCGCCCAGAGGAUGCUAUGGUCCUCAUCGAGCCGGAAGACCGCUUGAAGCCGGUUCUGCGAACGGAGCAAAUUCUCCGAGUUAUUGAUGAACAUGCCUCAAGCACGGCGCUUGUGCUCCUUUCUGGUAUUCAGUUCUACACAGGACAAUACUUCGAUAUUGAAAAGAUUACCGCGCAUGCCCAAUCUAAGGGAAUUCUCGUUGGCUGGGACUGUGCGCAUGCAGCUGGCAAUGUCGACCUGCGCUUGCACGACUGGAAUGUAGAUUUUGCUGCGUGGUGUAAUUACAAGUACCUCAACAGUGGUCCAGGUGGGAUGGCAGCUUUGUUCGUGCAUGAGAGACACGGCCGAGUUGAGAUGGACAAGGUUGGCAGUGAGGAGGAGCCAUUCCGUCCGCGCCUCUCGGGCUGGUGGGGAGGCGACAAGAAGACUCGCUUCCUUAUGAACAACAAUUUCGUACCGCAGACGGGUGCCGCGGGAUUCCAGCUAUCUAACCCUUCCGUUCUGGAUAUGAAUGCGGUCGUUGCGUCGCUCGAGCUGUUCAAUCGGACCUCGAUGGCCGAGAUUCGUCAAAAGUCUUUGAACGCCACUGGCUACUUGGAACAUCUCCUUCUGAACUCUCCUGCAGACUUCCCUACUGGGAAACGACCUUUUUCCAUCAUCACGCCUUCGAACCCAGCAGAACGUGGUGCACAACUCAGUCUGCUGUUAGAACCGGGACUUUUGGAUAGCGUCUUGGAGACACUAGAAGAGCACGGAGUUGUGGUCGACGAAAGGAAGCCCGACGUCAUCCGAGUUGCACCGGCACCUUUGUACAAUACGUACACGGAGGUGUGGGAGUUUUGCCAGAUCUUCUUCGAAGCCUGUCAGAAGGCUUUGAAGUCACGAAAAUAA